AUCGCUGUGGCCUGCUAGCGACUUCUGUCAUGAGCUAACAGGAGCUAACGUACAAGAGCAUACAAGGAUGAGAGCCCCCAACUUGCGUGCGGCAUUUUUGGUGAAAGCGAUGAUACGGAAGCGAUGCAUAGCCUAAAUCUUGUACCCAACAAUUCUCUCAACGAACUACCCUACAUAAGUAAUCCUCAUCGACAUCUCGUGUUACGGCGAUUCGUCACGUUACUGCCACUCCUCUCUCUCUUACCGCUGGUCGGUCAGAAAAAAACUUCCGAGUCGUCGAAAAACCUACCAUAUAAUUUAUAAAUUCAACUUUCUUGUGAUGCAGCUCAUUUCCAUCAAAGUCUGCUCAGCCCUUUUGUUGGGUUUUUUGUCCCUCACAAAGGUUGUAUCGUCACCUGUCCGUGCGACGUCAGUUGGUGACAAUUUACCCGCCAACUCGAACUUGGCAUCAUCCGACGUGAAUACCACCCCGCGUUCAUUGUCCGUAUAUACUCGUAGUGGUCGCCCGGAUCUUCAUCUUCAGUCGAGAGUCGAGUCAAAGCGACCUGUCCAAGCCGUUGUGGAAUUUAAAUCUCCCAAUGCGGAAUACACUUUCCCCCCCACCCAAGCAACUUUGACCGCUCUUCGUGUUAUCCUGCGUAAUGCCAUAGAGUUAUACUAUAUCAAUGCGGAAGAAGUGCCCAAAGUUGAAUUAGCAGUGAAGGGUCCACAGCCAGCGCUGCAGGAACUACAAUUCAGAGUCUUCUUCAGCGGAACUGAAGAGAUCGUCUCGAAUGGAACGGUUUGCUAUCAGGUGCUCAUGAAGGCACCUUGGUUGAGCAUACCCGGUCUCCGCGAUGGAGAUAUGGCUAAGCUCUCUGGACAUGUCGUAGCGGGCUUUGGCACUGUUCUUCGCUUCCAGAAUGGAAAAGGUAUUUAACAGGAAGAUGGAAUCCUCGUGGAAGUUCAUUUGAUCUGAAUCGGUUCGCUUGACCACUGGCAAAUAUUCGACAUAAUGUUUGAAAAUGAUGUACCUGAGGUAGCCUGAAGUAUUACUUGUCGUUGCACUG